UAAUAAGAAAAAAUGAUGAACGAAAUCAGUGAAAGUAUGAAGAAAGGAAGGAGCAAUAACGAAAAAUUAAUGACAAUGCGAGCACUUAUCGUCAAAAAUCUAGAGUUAAUCAAGGACAAAGGAGCUAAGAUCUCAAAAGAUCAAAAAGAGAAACAGGAAAAAUAGGAUUCAAGAAAUCUCUGAUAGAUACGAGGAAGCCAAACAAAUUGCAAAUAAAACAUUCGAAAUAGUAGAAGGCCAACUCCAAAAAUUAGAGGGAUAUGUUGAUGAAGACAUAGCAGAGAAAGAGCAUAUCGACCAAGAAUACACUAAACAACUCAGUGAAGCAGUAGAGAUAGUCAAUCUCCGAUUUGAACAAGAGUCUCAAUCAAGAGCAGCUUUUGAAAAGAAAUUUAAAACUAUCGUGAACCAGAAAUUCGAGCUUCUAAAGAGCGAUCUCCUUAAAGAGUCCCAAGCAAGGAACGCCUCCCUCAUGAACUUAGAGCAAUCAAUCGAAUCUGACUUCUCCAAGAUAGAAUCUGAGAUAAAAGAAACCGCCGAAAACGCAGAACAGACCGACCAAGAGCUAAAUAAAAUCUUCGACGACCUCAUCGACCGGGUCACUGAAGAGAACGAGCAUCUCAAGAACGAAAAGGAAUCUACAGAGCAAAGAAUUCUCGAGCAGUUAAAAACCGUCAAUAAGGUUCGUGAUGACCUGCAAGAAGUCACUUAGACUUCUUGUGCUGGAGGAAAGGGUAUUUGUACUAAGAGAUUUUGGUU